GUUCCUAACUUUGUUUCCGCCCAUCUGUAAACGUUAAAAUGUAAAAUUUCUACUUUGACUUUGUCCGUUGUGUAAACAAGAAUGAAACAGAACUGAAAAUUAGUUCAAAGUUCAAAGUAGGGGAUCAACAACCAAUGGAACGGAAAACUGACGAUGACUUGGAACAUUCUAGAGAACAAAUGGGUCAGAAUACUGCCGAACGGAUGACACAGGCCAAACACAUGGGAAGUGACUAUAAUGAUGAAACGACACGAGAUGUUCCUGGCUAUACAGAUCUUGCGAGAACAAGGUGGUCUGAACAGGACAAUGUUGGAUAUGACACACUACAAGAUCAAAAUAAUGGAUAUACAGAAUUAAGGAAACCCAUUUCCACAAAAGAUCAAUAUGAUACACUCGGGGAAUGCUAUGCAUACGACUACAGUACUGUUUCAGAUUCAUCAACAAACACUAAAGCUAUAAAUGCAGAUAGGAAAGACGACGUCGACUGUUCUACAGAUCGCGAGAACAUAUCAGAAACAUCUGGGCACAAAUAUAUAGAUAUCGGUAAAAAUAUUCCGAAACACUAUAAUGAACAGCUGCACAUUUCUACUGGAAACAAGCAUAGCUUAGAUGCUUCAGAAUCUGGAAUCAGAAAACAAAAAUCCGUAGAAAGUAUCAACGAACCCGAUUACUCUUAUGUAAGAGGAUUUAAAGAUCGUCAGAAUGAAACCAAGCAUGUUCAAGGUGUGGUUCAAAAUUUAAACAGAGAUUUCGAUCCUCCAAGUCAAGAUAAUGAUAUUCACCAGGAUAUGCAGAGGGAAGAUUUUGUUGGUGAAAUGGCAAAUAAAAGCAACAUCACACCGGCUGUAAUGCCAAGGGCUCGGCUUAUUGGUGUAGCUAUUGUCGUCCUUGCAGUGUUUGUUGCUUGUUUAGUCUUAGUUAUAUCUAUACAGAAAGCACCGCAAAACAACUGUAACUCUUCAGAUAAAGGCUUUCACCCACCGUCGUUAACAUUAACAGGCUUUCACCCACAGCCGUUAACAUUAACAGGGGAUUGCUAUCACACUACCAGCACCCAGUAUUUUGGAACACUUAAUUAUACAGUAAGCGGUAGGGCUUGUCAGAAUUGGAAUAAAGACGCUCCUCAUGUAAGAAUAUUUAGACCUGAUAGAGACGAGGACAAGACCACAAACUAUUGUAGGGACAUCAGUCAUUACAAACAUGGUACACCCUGGUGUUAUACAGAGGACCCUGAUUUCCGCUGGGAAUUUUGUCCCGUAUUCAAAUGUAAUGCCUGUACGAUGCCGCCAAAGGCCGAACCUGGAACAACAGUAAGUUAUAAUAUAACAUUUGGAGUUGUAGCUGCCACAUACACAUGCCAAUCUUUUAAGCCAGGAGUUUCAUUUCCUCAUUGUCCGAUAUCUACAUGUAGCAAUGGUAACAAAUGGCUGAAGUUCAACACAUCUUGUUCUGUUGAAGAUCGGUAUCUUAAUAGCACUGAAUACAACGGGAAAGUGUCCUGUACAGUUAGUGGAACACCAUGUAAGAUUUGGAAUAUUCAACGUUCUCUUUUACCUAUCAACUCCGAUGAUCAUGUUACAAAUUACUGCAGGGAUCCAGACGGAAAAGGACAGCCAUGGUGUUACGUAGAUUAUCACAAAACUGCUUCUAAAAUAUGGGAAUUUUGUUAUGUUCCAAGGAGAUGAAGAAGAAUAUUACAAGAACAUCAAUAUUCUUAAAAGUCUGUCAUGCGCAAAAAGAUGUGUUUACUAACUUAAUCGGGUUUUGUUACCAGUUAUUAAAUUUUGUGGAAUUAAAAUUUCAAAAAUAAAUUUUUGUGAU